UAAAUUUUUGAAACGGUGAAUUAAUACAGAGAGAAAAUCUUGAAACCUUCAAAAACUUUGGAAUGAAUAUCCAUUUUGCCGCAUUGUGAUUGGUCUUCGUUAUCAAAGUGACGAAAUGCCGAGCAUCAGAGCUCCCGUUGCUAAGAAGACGACGACACUAACGGUCGCUGUGAAAUGUAGACCGUUAAUGGAGAAAGAACGUGGAAGAGACAUCGUUCGAGUGAAUAACUCUAAGGAGGUGAUAGUGUUGGACCCUGACUUAUCGAAGGACUACCUUGACCGGAUUCAGAAUCGGACUAAAGAGAAGAAGUAUUGUUUUGAUCAUGCCUUUGGCCCUGAGAGCACCAACAAGAAUGUGUAUAGGAGUAUUUCUUCUGUGAUCUCUGGAGUUGUUCAUGGACUCAACGCUACAGUCUUUGCCUAUGGUUCCACUGGAAGCGGCAAAACAUAUACAAUGGUUGGAACACGAAGUGACCCUGGAUUGAUGGUUCUCAGCCUGAAUACCAUAUUUGACAUGAUUAAGUGUGACAAGAGCUCUGAUGACUUCGAAGUGACUUGCUCCUAUCUUGAAGUCUACAAUGAAGUUAUAUACGAUCUGCUUGAAAAGUCAUCCGGUCAUUUGGAGCUCAGAGAGGAUCCGGAGCAGGGAAUAGUAGUUGCUGGCCUGCGAUCAAUCAAGGUAUAUUCUGCUGAUCGAAUUCUUGAACUGCUGAACUUAGGGAACAGUAGACGAAAAACUGAGAGCACUGAGAUGAACAGUACAUCAUCAAGGUCCCACGCAGUUCUGGAGAUUGCAGUAAAAAGAAGGCAAAAGAAUCAAAAUCAAGUUAUGAGAGGGAAACUCGCUCUGGUAGAUCUUGCUGGCAGUGAAAGAGCAGCUGAGACUAACAAUGGAGGUCAGAAACUGAGGGAUGGAGCUAAUAUUAAUCGCUCACUCCUUGCUCUAGCAAAUUGCAUAAAUGCAUUAGGGAAGCAACACAAAAAGGGUCUUGCUUAUGUCCCAUACAGAAACAGCAAACUUACGCGUAUUCUUAAAGAUGGUUUGAGUGGGAACUCCCAGACGGUGAUGGUUGCAACUGUAUCACCUGCUGAUACUCAGUAUCAUCAUACUGUGAACACACUGAAAUAUGCUGACCGAGCAAAAGAGAUCAAGACCCACAUCCAGAAAAAUAUUGGUACCAUCGACACUCAUAUGUCAGACUACCAACGAAUGAUCGACAAUCUUCAAAGUGAGGUUUCUCAGCUGAAGAAGCAACUAGCAGAAAAGGAGUCGCAGCUUAGCAUCAUACCUUUUGAAAGAGGUGUUGAACGUGAACUUUCGUGGUUGGAUGGUUUAAGUCACCAGAUCAGUGAAAAUGUUCAGGAACGUAUAAACUUACAGAAGGCAUUAUUCGAGCUUGAAGAAACUAAUCUCAGGAACCGUACUGAACUUCAGCAUCUCGAUGAUGCCAUUGCGAAACAGGCGACAGAGAAGGAUAUUGAGGCUCUAAGUAGCAGACGUCAAGUAAUACUUGAUAAUAUCAGAGACAAUGAUGAAGCCGGUGUUAACUACCAGAGAGAAAUAGAAGAAAAUGAAAAGCAUCGUUGCAAACUACAGGAUAUGCUCAAUGAAGCAAUAAAUAACAAUGGAAACAAAACUUAUCUGCACAUUCUCAACCAGUACAAGCUUCUGGGGAUGGGUAAUACCGAACUACAGUUUGAAAUGGCAAUGAGGGACCAAAUCAUAUACAACCAAAGGGAAGCUCAGAGAAACCUAUGGAAUCUGCUCAUGGGUUUAGGAGUCGAAGAGAAACAAGUGUUCGACCUCGCCGCCAAACAAGGAAUCACAAUCGAAGACUGGAGUAUGGCAUCGUAUCCCGGGCUUCCUUACAGGAAACAAGCACCGAGUCUCAUACCAGCAAACAUCCCUUUCAUGGGCCAUUCAUAUUCUCAAUCCUCAUGCACUUUCCAGAGCUACAAUCAAGAUGCUGCUUCCAAAGGACAACAAUGGGCUCCAACUCCUACUUUAUGCAGAGAAGAACAUCACAGCUCUUACUACUUCAUGGGACACGAGCCACCUGCAUUUGCCAGUCUUAGGAAAAGCCAUGGUGGUGGCAGACCAGCUACGUGGAUCGACACAGGAGGAGCCAAUCAUCGCCGAGUCUCUUAUCCACAAACAGUAAACAAUUCUUCCCACAUGGGUCCCAGAUUUUACCAGACUCCACAAAGGGAAAUGCUGGUCAACGCCCCGAGUCCUUAUGGUAGCCCACGAGCUGACAGGGCCACCACCCCGGCCGGGCAGCCUUUCUAUGGAAGCCCUCGAGCCAUUGCCACGGUGAGAAACAGUUCAUGCAACAUCCCCCGCGUGGCCACUGCAGUGUCAGCACCCAGUGGUGCAAGAAACCAACAAAGAGUUUACGGGACAAGCCCGCUUUCGGGAACCAAAGGUGUGAAGAACGCGUCUUACGGACAGAACAGCCACACAAAGUUGUAUAGAGGAGGAGGAGGCAGUAAAGUUCAUAAUAAAGGAAACAAAACUCAACGCCAACACCAUUGACACAUGACACGUUGGGUUUAAGUUUUCAAGUUAGUUCGGAGGCACAGUUUUAAAGAAACGCCUCACACUCCAGUCUCCACUCUCAACAUGACUCGUUUUGUUUUUCGUUUUGGGUUUGGUUUGUACAGCUAUUUGCACGGUAUUGAGAUAAUUCUGAUUUGAUUGAUUGAUGUGUGUGUAUAUACAUAUAUAUGGAGACAAGUAAAAAACAAAAACGGAAAUUAACUUUCCAUUUUUGGGCAAGAAAAUCUUUAUCUUUCUCAUUUUUAACGAAUCAAAUCUUUGCUUGGGUCAAUGUCCAAACAUUAUCCCCAGUUAUUUAUUCACCAAACCCCAGAAUCUCGAUAGCCUCUUCUCUCCACCGCCGGAUUCAGCCUUCUCCGGCGUCUCCCUGAGAGCUUUGUCGGCCACCAUUCCACACGUCACGUAGUCUCCUGCAAAAACCGAACUCUGCACAUGAAGAAGGUAAAGCUUUCUAGCCAAAGUUAUGACUUGAGUGUCCUGUUCUUGAGUGUCAUGUCAUGUUGUUGAGCUAAAGUUAGAUGAGAGCAUGCGUUGUUAGUUCAUGAGAUGUUCUUGAGUUUGUGUACUUUACAAGGUUGUGUUGUGUCACUCUUCUUCUCCUUUGACUUUGCGAGUUUCUUGAUAACUCUGUUUCAGAAGCAGUCUUUCUUUUGUGUUCAGUGGGUUUAAAGUUAAAGAUUCAAUUUCGUUAAGAAAGUGUUUUCAUAGUU